AUGGCCGACUUCAAAACCCCCCCUGAAUUCCCCACGGUCGACGAGAAAGAACACGCCGUCACUACGAGCGACUUCAGGGAGAACCCCGUCGCCAUCGCCAUCGAGAUCGCUGAGGAAGUCGACAGUAAAAAGUACUCGCCAUGGACGUGGUCUAUGCUCCGCCUCUAUGGUGUGCUGUUCGUGGCGUACUGCUGUGGGUGUUUGAAUGGCUAUGAUGGGAGCUUGAUGGGCGGGUUGAACGGGAUGACUUCCUAUCAGAAGACUUUCGACAUGAAGACGUCUGGAAGCUCGACGGGCAUUGUGUUUAUGAUUUAUAAUGUUGGAAGCUUGGCUGCGGCGCCGACGGUGCCAUUUGCGACUGAUGUCUUUGGGAGGAGGGUGGGUAUGUUUAUUGGGUCUGUGAUUAUCAUCAUCGGGACUUGUAUCCAAGCGACAAGUAAAGCGAUGCCGCAGUUUAUGGGUGGACGCUUUCUACUUGGUUAUGGAGUUUCUUAUUGUUGUAUUGCUGCUCCGACCUAUGUUAGCGAGUUGGCUCAUCCGAAGUGGAGAGGGACUUUGACUGGCUUCUAUAAUUGCAUGUGGCCAUUGGGAGCUAUCAUUGCAGGUUGGGUGGUCUACGGUGCCGCAUACAUCGAUGGUAACAAUGGGUGGAGGCUGCCAGUGUGGAUGCAACUCGGCACCUCUGGUAUCGUGGCCGUAUUUGUGUUUUUGUUACCCGAGUCUCCCCGGUGGCUCAUCCAGAAGGACCGGCAUGAAGAGGCAGCCAAUAUCCUAGCAAUGCUUCACGGCGAAGGCUCGAUCAGUCACCCGAUCGUCCAGCUUCAGAUGAAGGAGAUGGUGGCUCAAGUUUCUAGUGAGGUAGCGGAUAAGAGGUGGUGGGAUUAUCGGCAACUGUGGAACACGCAAAGUGAUCGCCGCCGUCUUAUUUGUGUGCUUGGCAUGGCCUUUAUGGGACAGGCCUCGGGAAACUCGCUCUCAUCGUACUACCUUGUUACUAUGAUGAACACCGCCGGCAUCACGGACGAGAAGAAAGUCCUAGCUCUCAACGCCGUCAACUCGGUGCUCGGCCUUCUGGGAUCUCUCAUCGGUGCCCGCCUCACAGACAGAGUCGGCCGUCGUCCCCUCCUGAUCUACUCCAUCCUCUUCGCCUCUGUGAUCUUCGCCGUCAUAACCGGCACCUCUAAAAUGGCUGUCGACGAUCCUAGUAACACCAACGCAGCUAACACAACCAUCACCUUCGUCUUCCUCUUCGGCGUCGUCUUCUCCAUCGGCUGGACCGCCCAGCAAUCUAUGUACAUCGCUGAAACCCUGACCACACAGAACCGCGCCAAAGGCACCGCUUUAGGUAACUUCAUGUCCAGUGGGAUCUCGAUUGUGCUGGCGUAUAGCUCGGGCCCGGCUUUUGAGAAGAUUGGGUAUUAUUUCUACUUGGUGUUUGUGUUUUGGGAUGUGUUUGAGGCGGUGUUUAUAUGGAAGUUCUUUCCAGAGACGAAGGAUCGUACAUUGGAAGAGUUGGCGGAGGUCUUUGAGGCGGAGAAUCCGGUUAAGAAGUCCGUUGAGCCGCGGGAUGCGAAGACGGUUGUGGCGACGAUGCAGAUCAAUAUCGAAAGGAUAGGUCCGGCCCGGGAGCGUUAG